AGGAAAAAAGUCAAGGAAGGAAUGCUCGACCGCCCUCCCCCUUCCUGGCUAAAGUCUUUGCUUUGUCCUUAUUCUCUUCCAUCUUUUCAUCUGGCGUUUCUCUCGCGCUUCCCACCUUCCUACCCUUUCAGGAAAUAAUAGAGCUCUAAACAAAACAACGCUAAUAUGUGGACACUACAACUUCAUUUUUCUCUGCAGUCUGGUUGCUCUCUGUUCCUAUAUUGCCCCCCACAGGUUAGUAUCGGUACUACAACUGACAUUGUUAUUGCGUGUAGUGUUGUUUUGUUUCCUCUUACAUUUUCAUAGAGAAUCAUAAAAAUCAUUUAGAAUGACCAAAUUCGGCAUCCCGGAAGACGCAAAGAAUGAAAGACAAGGAGAAAAUUGAGGUAAUUGACAAUCCACAUUCCAUUGACGUUGUUUGAAUGAGUCACAAUCAAAUUAGCUCAUAUGCGGCCACUUAGUUCACGUUGUCUUUGUGUCACGUGGAGGUUGGCACCAGCUCUCAUCACACAAACACACUCACACAUCCCCAUCACACACACUUGAACAUCAUUAGACACACAUGCAAGAUAGAAGCUGUGCACAACUUCUCUAUUCGGUGAAGGCAAUCACUGAAGGACACACAUGCACCCUCUUUGCCUCUCUCUCUCGCUCUCUUUCUCUCUCUCUCCCCCCCCUCUCGCUCGUUCUCUCUUUCUGACACGCAUACACACAUGCGUACACGCACACACUUUUUGAAGCCGAAGUGGCGGGCAGAAGCACAUCCACUCCGCAGUGGCCGCUCCGGGUGGAUCCAGGCAAGGCUGGUGGAUAUGAAGCUGGGCUGGAGAUGAACGUACGGAGGGAGUGAGGACGAAGAAGAGCACCAAAACCCUACCAAGCCUCCCUGGUGCGUGCGUGUGCGCGCGCGUGUGCUCUCUUGGCAGCUGACGUGUGCGCACGACUCUGGUGGCAGGAUGAGCUCGUGCAGCAGCCGUGCGUUGACCAUCCUGUCCACAGUGUUCGGGGCCUGCGGGCUGCUGCUGGUAGGGGUGGCCGUGUCCACCGACUACUGGCUCAUCAUGGUGGAGGGUGUCAUCCUGCAGCACAACCAGAGCAUGGAGGUCAAGAUGGCUCUGCAUUCGGGCCUCUGGAGGGUCUGCUUCGUGGCUGGAGCUGAAAAUGGGAGAUGUGUUGCAUCAGAGUACUUCACUGAACCUGAGAUUGAGAUCACCACUGAAAACACUGCAAACAUCCUUAAGAUGGUGCGCACAGCGACGCCUUUCCCGAUGGUGUCGCUGCUCUUUGUCUUCACCGCCUUCGUCAUCAGCAACAUCGGACACAUCCAGCCUCAGCGCACCAUCCUGGCUUUUGUCUCAGGAAUCUUCUUCAUCCUCUCAGGCCUGAGCCUGGUGGUGGGCCUGGUGCUCUACAUCUCCAGCAUCAAUGACGAGGUGAUGAACCGGCCCAGAGAACCUGAGCAGUUCUUCAACUAUCACUACGGAUGGUCCUUCGCCUUUGCCGCCUCCUCCUUCCUGCUCAAAGAGGGCGCAGGUGUGCUGUCCGUCUACCUGUUCAUGAAGCGCUACGCCGAGGAAGAGAUGUACCGCCCCCACCCGGCGCUCUACCGCCCCCGCUUGUCAGACAGCAGCGACUACAGCGGCCAGUUCCUCCACCCGGAGUCGUCCUGGCCGCCGCCCAAGCGAGGCCGCAGCACGUCGGAGGCCUCCAGCGACAUCUCCAUCCAGCUCAACCAGCCGCCGCCGCCCCCGCCCAAAGGCCAAGGGAAGGGGAGUCAUGGCAACCCGCCUGCGUCCGGGUCCUCUUCCGGGGGGACCUACCCCAAUCCCCUGCCCUCUGUCGGGUACCCCACACACAGCCUGCCCAGGUCGCAUUCACCGCAUCCCCAAGGCCAGGCCAUGUCCAUGGGUAUGCCGCCCCCGCCUGUGCCCCCCCCUCACUACCACACGCACAUGCACAUGAGCGCCUCCCCCUGUUAGGAAAAGGCAUAGACUCCUUUUUGUCAUUUAGAGCAAACGUCCAGCCUGGAUGAAAAGAAGUGCGACGCAAGGACGUAAGAACAAGAUGACUCAACUUUUGUACAAAGCGUCCAAAUUAUCAGGAGAAGGGAAAAGUUGAGCAUGUUAUUAGCGGGUGGAAUUAUAUUCUGGACGCGCAGGCGAUCACAUGACUGCGGACGCACAAACUUUUAUAUGUAGCGAUUCGUGGACGCCGUGCGUACCUUUCUACAAAAUUGGAAUGUGAUUUAAUUAUCAGUCACACUUCCGUUGCGGCGUGUAGCAUUAUGUUGCCAGUUAGUCAACAAGACGGUAGACGGUGAACAUCUUGCGUGAAUGUUGAAUGCUAGCGGAUUACCGUCCUAAAUAUCAUCGAUUUUAUGUUUUGUAUAUUUAUUGAAGUUCUUGUACAUAGACUUGCACAUUGGAAUUCAUAAUCUUUUGAUCAGAACGGGACACAAGAAAAAAGACAAAGGAGGACUGAUGCUUUUGCCUUCUGCAAUAGGCUGGCGAUGACGUCAUCAACAUGCUCUCAAUGCUUUAGAAAUCAUGUGGCGUCUUUCCCCCAGACAUUUUACACCUCAGUCAAGUGGGCUACUGCGCAUAAGUUGAAGGAUGAAACGCCAAAUGCUGAUACUGAUGGUUUACCCCCUCUACUGGCAACUUGGUGCAUUGCACCUGAACUUGCUUUGUCGCUAGCAACUCGCUGCUGCAAGCAAAUAUUGCAGAUAUUCUUUAAAGGCCCAUUUCAAGAGCUUUUCAUUUAAUUCAUCAACAUUUUCUGCUAAUUCCAUUUUGCAUUGUCUUGAGUCAAUCUUGCUUGAGAAGAUUCUGGUGAGAGGAGAAAUGGAAGCGCCACUCGCUCUGCCAGUCAUCAGCACAAAUGGAAACACAGGGUAGACGCCUUCUCAAUCAUCAUUAUUAUCAUACUCAUAAAGCAUGUAGCAAAAAGAACAAAACGCCUCCUUUAGAACUCACCAAGAAGAGAACUUUACGAUAUGCACAACUGGAACCUGUUCUUUUAUUUUAUGUCAAAGUGGAAAACUCUGAGAAGACUGAGAACCAUAAAUUGUUUUUCAGUGCUACUGGUAGAAUUGAAACUUCCUUAAAUUUUCAGUUUUGUGUUAUUGUUUGUUUGUUUACAAAAGUUUGAUAAUUUCUCUGAAACGAGUUUCUUUUAUUAUCACUGUGAUGUGAUUGAAAGACAACAGGUGUGUCGUAAUAUGGAGGGAAAAAAAUAUUUAUAAAAGGACAGCUAUCAUUAUCAAGAAAACUUUCAGCUCAGAGUGUUCCGGAUUUUUUCAUGCAUGCAGUUACACACUAGACCAAAUUCAGCUCUCAUCUCUUCCCGCUCAAAACUCCACUGUCAUCAUUCUGCUUGUGGAUUUGAUCUGACAUCUUACCUCCUGUACAAAUCCAUUUUCAUUUUUAACGUCUCAAAACAUGUGCUCACCAUUCAGUGCCUCUUAAAAUUCUUUUUUUUUUCCCCCCGCUACUUUCCUUUCCAGACAUCCUAUAAAAAAAACUGUAGCUGUGCUUGCUUCUGCAUUGUCUUCUCGACGUAAAAAAAUGCUCUUAUGGCCUACCUGAUGCUGUACAAUGCCAAUGUUACAUGAGUGAAAAGGGGAGUGGUGACACCUUCUGCAGCUGAACAUCAAUAAAUCUUUAAUCUUG